AGAUAAAUUCCUAGUGUCCACCAAAUUCCUCAGCGCUCUCUCACACUCUCAGGCCACGACUCCGGGGGUGGGGAAAUAGAGCCUUGGUUUCCUCCUUUUAGAAGCCCUUGCAGGCCUUUCCACAAGUCUGUGAAGAGAGAGCAGUGAGACUCAGGCUCCAACUCCCAAUACAUAGGAAGUGGCUGCUCCACGCUUGGGAGACCCUGUGGUCUCUCUCUCUCUCUCUCUCUCUCUCUCUCUCUCUCUCCCGCCCCCCCUCCAAACAUGUCCACUGGCUCCCUCAGCGAUGUGGAAGACCUUCAAGAGGUGGAGAUGUUGGAAUGUGACGGGCUGAAAGUGGACUCGAACAAGGAGUUUGUGACUUCCAACGAGAGCACCGAGGAGAGCUCCAACUGCGAGAAUGGGUCUCCGCAGAAGGGUCGCGGCGGCCUGGGCAAGAGGAGAAAGGCGCCCACCAAGAAGAGCCCGUUGAGCGGGGUCAGCCAGGAGGGGAAGCAGGUCCAGCGCAACGCCGCCAACGCGCGCGAGCGGGCUCGUAUGCGGGUGUUGAGCAAGGCCUUCUCCAGGCUCAAGACCACCCUGCCCUGGGUACCGCCGGACACCAAACUCUCCAAGCUGGACACGCUCAGGCUGGCUUCCAGCUACAUCGCGCACUUGAGACAGAUCCUGGCUAACGACAAGUACGAGAACGGUUACAUCCACCCAGUCAACCUGACGUGGCCCUUUAUGGUGGCCGGCAAACCCGAGAGUGAUCUGAAAGAAGUGGUGACCGCGAGCCGCUUAUGUGGAACCACGGCGUCCUGACCUUGGAGGUUGGAGUCUGGGAAAGGCGCGCUCCGGGGGGAGAGGGCCCCGCCAGGGGCGACCCCUGCCCUCCCCGCUCCCUGCUGGCCCCUCGCAUCUCUCCUCUCCCCAUCCCACCCUGCGAGAACACUUAACCGCGACGAGGAGAUUCGUUUCCAAAGCAGAGGAGAUCAACUGUACUUACAGAUUCCCAACUAUUUAACUUUAUUAACUUCUAUCGUGAAUGACUGCUAGCCUGGCUGGUCCAAGUGCAAUAUGUAAUUAUAUAUAUAUAUAUGUAUAUAUAAAUAGAUAAGAGCCUAUCAAUGUGUAUCUUUUGUAUAAUAAGUUGUAAAAUGUAGAUCAUAGAUUAACUGACUUUGACAGUCACAUUUAUAAAGUAAUUCACUCAAAGAAAUAUAUUUUUUUCAAACAAGUUUUGCUACUUUCGAAAAAUAAAUCUUUCUUUAUAUUGCUAAAAA